ACUGAAGCCCAACUAAGCUCCCACACACACCCCUUUUUCUCUAUGCUUUUCGUUAGAGCUCUUCUUUAAUUUCCCAUACGCAUUUCUCUCUCUCUCUCUCUUGUGAUCAUUUCAUCAGAGUUGUUUCUCUCUCUAAACAAUCAUUCAUGGCAUCGUCUUCUGUUGAUUCCAAUAACAGCAUUUCACACGAUGGUGUGGACGCAAAUCAGAACGUCCUCCAGAAACACGUUGCUUUCUUUGAUAUAAACAAAGACGGAAUUAUAUAUCCUUCAGAGACAUUUCAUGGUUUUCGUGCAAUCGGAUGCGGAUAUUUCUUGUCUACUUUUGCUGCCAUAUUCAUCAAUGUUGGGCUCAGCGGCAAAACCCGUCCUGGAAAAUUCCCUUCUCUACUUUUUCCGAUUGAGGUUAAAAACAUCCAGAAAGCAAAGCAUGGGAGUGACUCUGGUGUCUACGACACAGAAGGAAGGUUCGUUCCUUCAAAGUUUGAGGAGAUUUUCAGCAAGCAUGCACAUUCAAACUCAAAUUCUUUGACAUCAGAUGAAUUGAUGGGAAUGGUAAAGGCGAAUAGGGUCCCCAAGGACUAUGCAGGAUGGCUUGCAAGUUACGUAGAGUGGAAGAUCUUGUAUAUUCUUUGCAAGGACAAGAAUGGUUUGCUCCCGAAAGAUACUAUUAGAGCUGUUUACGAUGGUAGCCUGUUUGAACAGAUGGCUAAGGAGAAAGCUUCAGCUGGGAAAAAAGAUUCUUCUUCGGUGUAAAAAAGGGCAAGUCGGUUGGAUCUUCUCGUAUAAUUCCGCCCUGAAAGAUGGAUGAUUUUGAUUUUAGACCCAAAAUUUACUUGUGCAGCACUGUGUUAACAAUUGUGGAAGCUGUUUGUUGAUUGAUUGUUUGAAGGAAGAAUAUUUGAAUGUACACUAUUCUUUUAUGUAUUGAAAUAAGUAUAUAGGACUGAUUUGUCA